AUGUCUCUUUACAUUAGUCGCGAGGCUUCCAAGUUAUGGAAAAGAGUUUAUUCGGAGACUGCAACAGAAAUCAACCUUCUUGCCGAGAACUGGAAGUAUAUUGUUGCCGGUGUUGUCUGCCAGUAUAUUCAUGGUCUGGCUGCAAAAGGAGUUCAUUAUUUUCAUCGGCCAGGGCCAAUACUUCAGGAUGCUGGGUUCUUUCUUCUUCCGGAGCUUGGGCAAGACAAAGCUUACAUGAGUGAGAGUGUCUUCACCUUCAUCUUUCUAUCCUUUGUCAUGUGGACUUUCCAUCCUUUCUUUUUCAAGAGCAAAAAGAUCUACACAGUUCUAGUGUGGUGCAGGGUCCUGGCAUUUUUAUUUGCUUGUCAAAUUCUCCGGAUCAUAACAUUUUAUUCUACUCAGCUUCCUGGUCCAAACUAUCACUGCCGUGAGGGUUCGAAGCUUGCCAGGCUGCCUCGUCCAGACAGUGUACUGGAAGUCUUAUUAAUUAAUUUCCCUCGGGGUGUGCUUUAUGGUUGUGGGGAUUUGAUAUUUUCGUCUCAUAUGAUCUUCUCUCUAGUUUUUGUGCGAACAUAUCAGAAAUAUGGCAUGCAUAGGUUCAUAAAGCAGUGUGCUUGGUUAAUUGUAGUAAUUCAGAGCUUGUUGAUUAUUGCUUCCCGUAAACAUUACACGGUCGACAUCGUUGUGGCCUGGUAUACCGUUAAUUUGGUAGUGUUCUUUGUUGACCAUAAAUUGCCAGAUAUGCCUGACCGUAGUGGGGCGUUCUUCCUACCGUUGAGCAAGGACAGCAGGGCUAAAGAAGAGAAUCACAAGCCCUUGAAUGGGAAUGCUGGUGAUCCUGCGGAUUGGAGGCCGAGAACUCAAGCCAAUGGCAAGAUUCUGGAAGACGGCAACACCAUACAUGCAGAGACGGUGAUGAAUGGUGUAUAG